AAUUGAUGUGCUUACGUCUGAGGCAGAUCGUUUGCUCUCGUGGCGAACCACAGAAGGACCAUUGUCGAUAACCAGUUUCGAUCUCAGUGAUCCAUGGAAUUUAGCGCCUUCAAAAUUUAUUCAAGUGAAACGAGACAAGAAUUUCAGCAAAAGGAGAAAGUGCCACGACUUCUCGACUUGGCCUUCAGUACAAUCACUCGAGCGAGAUGACGAGCGAGUUUAGUCUUGCUUCGGCCUUCGUUCUUUGCACAUCUCUUACCGCGCCAGCACCGAAAACGCGCCCAAAUAUAAGUAAGGGUGGAUACGAAAUAAGAAAGGAAACAUAGUGUUGGGUAAUUACGACAGAGCACAAAAUAACGACAGAAAAUGCUAUUAACAGUAGCAUUUUGGCUGUUAGUCAUUUUUAUUGGAUUUUGGAUUCUACUUGGUCCCGUUAUGGGCCUUCUACGUAUUCUAUGGGAGAUUAUUAUGCAAUUAUAUAACAAGAAGACGGUUGAUCUGCAAACAAAGUUCGGCGAAUGGGCGAUUGUCACCGGCUCGACUGACGGUAUCGGUAAAGCUUAUGCUAAAGAAUUAGCAGCAAGAAACAUGAAUCUCAUAUUAAUUAGCAGAAACUUAGAGAAGCUUGAACGCACAAAAUCUGAGAUGCUAUUAAUAAAUCCAAAAAUCGAGGUGAAGAUUAUUGCGGCGGAUUUUGCCGAAGGACAAAAUGCUUUUUCCAAAAUUCAUUCUUGUUUACAAGACGUGUCCGUCGGCAUAUUAGUGAACAACGUAGGUAAGAUGUACGAGUAUCCGAUGUACGUUGGAGAAAUACCCGAGAAGGAACUGUGGGACAUUAUCAACAUAAAUGUGGCCGCCACAACAUUAAUGACGCGAUUGGUUAUCGGGCAGAUGCAAAAGCGCAAACAAGGUGCGAUUGUCAACAUCUCCUCCGGGUCUGAGUUCCAACCAUUGCCAUUGAUGACGGUGUAUGCCGCUACGAAGGCAUACGUGAAGAGUUUUUCCGACGGUCUUAGAGAAGAAUACUCCAGAUUCGGCGUAACCGUACAACACUUGUCGCCAUUUUUUGUCAAUACCAAAAUGAACGCGUUUAGUUCUAGACUUCAGGUUUCAAGUCUAUUUGUACCUGAUGCCACAACUUAUGCGAAAAACGCCAUUGUCACUCUGGGUAAAAUGGACUGCAGUACUGGCUACUGGGCUCACAGUAUUCAAAAGUUCAUCACUCUAAUGCCACCUGUAUGGAUAAGAACAAAAAUAGGACAAAUUAUGAACGAGAAUCUUAGACAAGAUUAUUUCAAGCAAAAGAAAGAAAAGAUAUUGGAAUGAUAUUUCAAUAUCUUUUCUUUCUAGUCAGUUUCUGUAUCACUACGAUACAGAAACUAAGCAACAAAUAAUAAAUUUUUAAAUAAAAUAGAACAAAGUGAGAAAGAGUAAGAGAGAAAAAAAAAUUCUUUGUGUGCAUGUACGAAAAAGAGAAAUAUAUGUAUAUACUUGUUUA